AGGUAUGGUCAAAAUAAAUGCUCCAACUCAACCAAAUUACACAUCAUUGCUCUGCUGUGGGCAGUAUCAAUACAACGGUUUUGACAAUGAAAAGCCAUGAUAUGUGAUUAUGUGCUACUUUCAAUGCCUUUUAUUCUCCUCAUUUUUUCUAGCUACUCUUCUCAUCUUCUCCUUGCACACUUCAUAUUUCAAUGGAGCUCAAGUACUCUAUGAUAUUCUCUAUUUUGAUAUUCCACCUCUUGCUAUCGCCUUACACCCUUUCAGGGGGAAAAGAAAUUUCUAAAUUGAACGAUGAAGAUGUAUAUGAGAUUGAUUAUAGAGGUCCGGAGACACAUUCUCACCUUCCACCUCCAAAGCGAUUGAAAAGAAAUCCUUACAUACAUCACAAAGUUGUGACAAAAUCUAAGCAACGAGCUGCCAACAUUAUUACGAAAAUGGGAAAGUAAAUUGCAAAUUUGGAUGGAAAGGAAAAAAGAGUUCUUCUGCAAGGAAAAAAGAAUGCUCCAUAUUUAUUUCACUAUUGAUGCAAUAGUGUUUUUGGAAUGUAACACAUUACUUGUAUUUAAAUUCAAAUCUUGUUAUACAUACUACAAUGUUUUCUAAUCUUAUAGUUCCUUUUUUAUAUAGAUCUUGUGAUUCAUAAUAUAUUGUAUGUUUGAGAAAUUAAUGAUCUUGUAUAUUUCUCACACAUUAAAAAAAUUAUCCUUUUCCGUUC